AUGGUAGUGCCCAACAUCUCAUCUCUGGACCCUCCAAUGGUAACCCUAAUUGGGAUCCCUGGUUUGGAACAUGUGCAGUUUUGGAUUGGAUUCCCCUUUUGUGCUUUAUGCGUGGUAGCCCUACUGGGGAAUGUUCUCUUGUUAAUAAUUAUUCCUUCAGAGCGCAGUCUUCAACAGCCCAUGUAUGUCUUUUUGGCUGUGCUAGCUGCCAAUGACCUGGGUCUCUGUGUUUCCAUAUCCCCCAAGAUGCUUGCCAUAUUUUGGUUCAGUGCUUGCUCCAUGACUUUUGAUGCUUGUCUUACACAGCUUUUCUUUAUUCAUGCCUUGCAAGGUAUGGAAUCAGGUAUCCUUUUAGCUAUGGCCUUUGAUCGCUAUGUGGCCAUCUGUAACCCACUCCGCCAUUCAGCCAUCCUCACACCAUCUGUUCUGGUUCACCUGGUUGGGGUGGUGGCAGCCAGGGCUGUAAUUUUGGUGAGCAUAGUGCCCAUCCUGCUCAAACGUUUGCAUUUCUUCAAUUCCACAGUUGUAGCUCAUUCAUACUGUGAGCACAUGGCUGUGGUCAAACUGGCUGCUGUAGAUACCCGGAUUAAUAAGGCCUUUGGUCUGUUUGUGGCUUUUUCUAUUUUGGGCUUUGAUAUGGUCUUUGUUCUUGUCUCUUACACCCUGAUUCUCCAAGCUAUCUUCCGUCUUCCUCAGAAAGAGGCAAGGAUCAAAGCAUUCAACACUUGUACAGCCCACAUUUUUGUUUUCCUUGAGUUCUAUAUUCUUGCCUUCUUCUCUUUCUUCAGCCACCGAUUUGGCCAUGUGGCACCAUAUGUGCACAUCCUUUUGUCUACCAUAUACCUCCUUGUGCCUCCAGCACUUAAUCCCAUUGUUUAUGGUGUAAAAACCAAAGAGAUCAGAAUAAGGGUGGUAAGAAUAUUUGUGCCAAAGUAUUGCUCCAUCAAGUGA